UAAACCCUGAACCCAGCAUUGAGAAACCCUAAAAACCAGACGCAAUACAAAUAUAUCUCCUUCUUCACGUUGCCGUGGAGUGAAGAAGAAGAAGUGAAGAACCAGAGCCACAACUCAAACCCUAACCAUGGCAACCUCCAUAGCUUCUCAGCUUGCAGCUGUCAGAAGCUUCGUGCAAGCUGACUCUGCGCCUCUCAAGAGACCCUUCACUCGUCCUUCCAUCUUGUUCGAUCCCAAAGAAGCUGCUGACAUCGACAUUGAAUCCGUUUUCUCCCUCGCCAUUCAAGGUUUGGAGGUUCUGAUAAGCUCCGACGAGCGGUUCCGGAACUUCAAGAACGAUUUAUUCAGCAUCCGGAGCAAAGAGUUGGAUAGAGAGUUGAUGGGUAUUGAGCUGAACAACAAUCUUAAUGUCUCGAUUGCUUCGUAUUUAAAGCUACUUUCAGGAUAUUUUCUUAUUCCUUCCGCAAUCAAAACGCUCGAGUACUUGAUACGUAGAUUCAAGGUUCAUGUAUACAACAAAGAGGAUUUGAUUUUGUGUGCUUUGCCGUACCAUGACACGCAGACAUUUGUUAGAAUAGUACAGAUAAUUGAUACGAGGAAUACUAUAUGGGGGUUUCUUGAUGGUGUGAAAGUUUCUGGCGCACCACCACCUAGAACAGUCAUAGUGCAGCAGUGCAUUCGUGAUAAGGGCAUACUAGAAGUUCUAUGCAACUAUGCAUCUCCGACUAAAAAGUUUCAACCUUCAAGGCAAGUAGUUGGAUUCUGUACUGCUGUUUUCGUUGAAGUUUUGGGUACUGUCGUCACAGUAAAUGAUGAUCUUGUCAAGAGAAUACUUCCUUUUGUUGUCUCUGGUCUUCAGCUCGGUAGUAAGGGAGUUUCAGAUCACAAGGCUGGUUCUUUGAUGAUAAUUGGUUUACUUGGAAAUAAAGCUGUAUUAGCUCCUAAACUUUUAAAUAGUUUAAUACGUUCAGUUGCUGAGGUUGCUCGCGAGGAGGCUAAAGAGUUGAUGGAUCUUCAUUGGUUUCGGUUAUCCCUUAUUGCCUUAAUCAAUCUCAUUCAGUCGCAAAAUGUUGAAAUACUCCCAAUGAAGGCUUUAGAGAUUUUAAAAGACAUAAGGGAUUUGGCAGGGGUUUUAUUAGAAUUAUCUAAGGCAUUCAACAUUAAAAAGUUUCUUGUUGUGCUUUUGGAUUCCCUGAUUGACUGCAGUUCUUCUGAUGAAUGCUGUCAGCGGGCUUUGCAGUCCUUGAUAGAAAAAGUCCCCCUACACGAUUCUGUUUAUCAUAUAGUCACCAAGAUCCUAUCAACCUGUGUGAAACUAUCACAAAAAGUAGGUGACUCUACGUCUUUGACAUCAGCUGGCUGGGCAAAGAAGAUUCUGAUUAUUGUUAAUACAAAGUAUCCUUCUGAACUUCGUGGAGCAGUUCCUCAUUUCCUUCAGGAUAAUAAAACACAUUCUAAGAAAGAUGAUUCAUUGUAUAAGAUUUUAUGUAAGAUGUUGGAUGGGAAUUUGGAUUCGUCAUUUGAUAUCUCAGAGUCAAGAGUAUGGUUUGCCUUGUAUCAUCCAAAGGCUGAUGUUCGACGUGCCACACUGCUUGAUAUAAAUUCUUCUGGCAUCCUGAAAAGUAAGGAGGUUGUUUCAGAGAGUCUUGUAGACAUUCAAGAGGCCAUAUUGAGACAGCUUGAUGAUAAAGAUCUUACAGUUGUUCAAGCAGCUUUAAAUGUUGAUGGCUUGCCAAAUAUAAUAGGUUCUUAUAAACUUCUUGAGGCACUACAAAAUGUGCUGAAAAGAUGUAUUGGGAAGCUGUUGUCAGGCUCAGCUGAUAAUGUUAAUCUAACUGCUGAUGUUGCUGUCACUUGUCUAAAGAAUGCCAUUUCAUACUUCCAUGAUCAUACUGAUUCCUUGAAGAAGGCUGCUGCCAUGAUUUUUCCAUGCCUCCUUGUUAUACCACAGACACAGGGCUUGAAUUUAAAAGCUCUGGCAUUAGUCAACAAGAUGAACUGGCCACUUUAUCAGAAUAUCGCUAUGUCUACAUCUGGAGAAGUGGCAUCCAUACCUGGAAGUUUAUCUUCUAUUAACUUGAAGACUAUCAAUAACAUGGCUGAGAAUUUCAUGGUUCACUCUGAAGAUCAUGUUGCUUGGUUUGUUGAAAGUUGCAAUGAUUCAGAAUUAUCGAAGACACUCUUCUUUUUUCUUCUACUGCAGUCUCUUUUGAUAAAACCAAAAGGUGAUGACUUUUCAACACUCUUUGAAAGUGUAUAUCCAAUUCUGAAGGCUGAGUGGGAAUCUUUAAUGAGCGCUGGUGAUGUUCUUCUGGAUGAGUUCAAUUGUGAUAUGUUAGACUGGGAUUGCAGUGCAUUCUUUGAUCAUCUUUCAUACGCCAAUCUCAGACCUCUGAAUGCCAAGGUUAUGGUUUGCAUAUUUUGGAGGCUGCUAGCAGCACUAAUAUCAGCAUUGCCUUCAGAUAUUCUGCAGGAUGAUGAUGCUAAGUGGGUCAGCAAGAUAAAGGAUCUGUUUGUAUUUUUUGCCUCCUCACAAUUCAAGCAUGUAUUCCGUGAACACCUCCAUUUCUUAGCGGCACAGUGCAGAAUAUCACCUCCACGCCUAUUGUCUAAAUUUUUCACAGAAGAAGGUGUACCUGCUGCAGUCCAGGUUGAAAGUCUUCAGUGCUAUGCAUUUCUUUGUAGUCUGUCACAAGAUAGAUGGCAAACUGAACUUCUAGCCGAAUUUUCUUCUGUUCUUGUUCCAUUGGCUGGUGAUAAUCAGGCUAUAAGGGUUGCUGCUAUGAAUUGUAUUGAUGAGUUACAUGCACUGUGGUGUCGUAUUGAACGUUCUGGGAAGAAAAAUGGGAACAAUGCGACAUGGUUCCAUUUUCUGGGUGAACUUCUAUGGUUGUUGAAUGAGCAAAAGACACUUAUAUUGUCUGACAAGAAAUUUCUUCCAUUGUUGUUUGCAUCCACUCUGAGCUCAUCCUGUCAUAACAUCUUAGUACCUCAAAAUAUAGAAAACAGGUUCGAUCAGCCUACGAAACAAAGAAUAAUUGACUUCAUUUUGGGUUCCGCUCUUAAAUUCUCUAACUACGGGAAGCUCAUGAUUCUAACCUUGCUCAAGGAAAUUGGGAAUGCUAUUUUCCAUGCCAAAGUCGAGCCAUUGUUGUCCCAUUUUAUGAAGCAAUACUUUGAUAAGCGUGACAAGUCUUGUCAGAAAAUUUCAAACAUUGAAACUCAGAUAAUGUGCCUUCUGCUGGAGAGCUGUGUGAUGUCAUCACCUUCUGGUGGAGAUGAGCUUCAAUAUCCUCUAAUGAAAGCUUUGCAGUUGGAUGCUAUGACUUCAGAUGACCCUGCCUAUGUAGAGCCUUGUAUCACUGUCUUGAACAAACUGAAUAGUCAAUACUACAUGGGGUUGAAGAAUGAAUUGAAGGAGCAUUUAUUUUGUGAGCUUGUAUUUUUGUGCCGUAAUGCUAAUGGGGACAUACAAAGUGCAACUAGAGAAGCCUUAAUGCGCUUAGAUGUUAGUUUCUCAGCCUUGGGCCACAUACUUGAUCUCAUACUUGCACCGAGAAGUUGUUUAGUUAGUUCAGCCUGUGAAAAUACAGCAAAGAAACAGAAAUUGAUAGUCCAUCAAGAAGCAAAACUUCCCAGUAAUGACAUAUGCAGAAGAGAUAACCCAAUUAACAUCCUUAGUUCUCUUCUUGAUGUUUUGCUACUGAAGAAAGACAUAACAAACAGGCAUUUACUUUUAGACAGCUUAUAUAAGCUUCUGAACAAGGUAUCUUUAGAAGACUGGGUAAAUGAUACCCUAUUACCGGAGAAAAGAUCAAGCCAACUCUCACCAAGUCCUUUUGAAGCCAACAAUACUGUAAUACAUCAUAUUCAACAGACUCUGUUGACAAUCCUGGAGGAUAUCAUUAUGUCCCUUAAAGGCAUGGCUCUGCUAGAUGAAACAAUGAUCAACGAAAUUAACAUUAAGCUACUGAUGGAGUGUGCCCGGACUACCAACAAUGUUGUCACCCGCAACCAUGUGCUUUCUCUACUUUCUGCUGUUACCAAAGUCUUCCCAGAAAAGGUUUUUGGGCAUAUACUAGAUAUUCUGCAAGUUGUUGGAGAAUCAGCUGUCAUGCAGAUUGACAGUCAUUCAAAACAUGUUUUCGAGGAUAUUAUAUCUGCAGUGGUUCCUUGUUGGCUGUCUAAGACAGAUGAUGUGGAGAAGUUAUUGAAGGUUUUCAUAGAUAUAUUGCCUGAAAUUGUUGAGCACAGAAGGCUAUCAAUUGUUUUAUAUCUGUUGAGAACAUUGGGUGAGGAUAAAAGCUUGGCCACGCUCCUCAUCCUGCUUUUCUGUUCAUUAGUUUCAAGGAAAGCCACCUGUUUCCUCAAUAUUGAAACUGCAGAUGCUUUAGCUUUUUAUACAAGAGAGUGGGAAUAUAAAUUUGCCGUGCAGAUUUGUGAACAAUAUACUAGUAUGACUUGGCUUCCUUCUUUAGUUAUGCUGCUUGAACAGAGGGGAAAUAGAAAUGUUGACCAGGCACUCUUACUAGAGUUGUUUCUUGCAAUGCAAUUUUCAUUGCAAAAAUUGCAAAAUCCAGAGUUCUUGUUUAAGCUGGAAUCAGGUGAAGAUACAGUUGUUAUUCAGAGUGCACUAGGAGAGCUUAUGGAGCAGGUGGUUUUCCUCUUGCAACAUAUUGAUGCAAGAAAAAAACUACUAAAUUUCCCUGUCAUAAUGAUGAAAGAGUUGAAGGAAACUAUGCGUGCUGUUGUGAAAAAUAUCACCAUGGUCAUGAUACCUUCCGUAUACUUUGAGAGCAUAAUUAAGUUGCUCCGCCAUUCAGAUAAAAAUGUUGGAAAGAAGGCUCUGGGGCUGUUAUGUGAGGCUGCAAGAAAUCAUAAAAAAGUCAGCUUAACGCCCAAGGAGAGCAAAGGUCCAAGGUCAAGUACAAGUUUUUCUUGGGUUCAUAUGGAUGAAAGUUCUCAAGAAUCCCUUAGUAAAAUGUGUUUAGAAAUUCUUCGAGUACUUGAUGAUUCAUCAAAUACCUCCUUGAAAGUGGCAGCAGUGUCAGCAUUAGAAGUUCUGGCUGAAAGGUUCCCUUCGCAUAGUUCCAUCUUCAGUGCAUGCCUUGGAUCUGUUACAAGAUGUAUUACAUCUCAUAAUUUAGCUGUGACUUCUAGUUGCCUUCGAACAACUGCUGCCUUGAUCAAUGUUCUAGGUCCAAAAGCACUAGCCGAGCUUCCUCAGAUUAUGGACAAUGUGAUGAAGUCAUCUCGUCUUGUACUGUCUAAUCUGGAUAUGAAACCAAAAGCUAAUGAUGAUCUAUCAACCUCAAAUGAAUCCCGUUUUAUUUCUGUUCUUGCCACUUUGGAGGCAGUUGUGGACAAGCUUGGUGGAUUUUUAAAUCCAUAUCUCUCAAAUAUCAUGGAGCUUCUGGUGCUUCAUUCCAAAUAUGUCUCAGAAAUGGAUGUGAAGGUGGAAUCUAAAGCUCAUGGAGUACGAAAGCUUCUUGCUGAAAAAAUUCCUGUUCGACUUGUCCUGCCACCGUUGUUAAAAUUAUACCCUCUUGCCAUUGAGGCUGGGGAUACAAGCUUAACAGUUAUGUUUGAUAUGUUGGCAACAUUGAUUGGUACAAUGGACAGAUCAUCUAUCGUGGCAUUCCAUGGAAAGAUUUUUGACCUUUGCUUGGUUGGUCUUGAUCUUCGCCGUGAAAAUCCUCCUUCAGUUCGAAACAUUGAUAUAGUGGAAAAAAGUGUGAUGAAUGCAAUGGUUGCUCUGACCCUAAAACUUACUGAGAGCAUGUUCAGGCCUCUUUUCAUAAAGAGUAUUGAGUGGGCAGAAUCUGAAGUGGAUGAAAUGGCAUCAACUGGAAGUAUCGACCGGGCCAUAUCUUUCUAUGGCAUGGUUAAUAAGCUUGCAGAGAACCAUCGGUCGUUGUUUGUUCCGUACUUCAAACCCCUGCUCGGUAGCUGUGUUCAUCAUCUUAGUGAUAGUGGAGAUGUGAAAGUGUCCGGUCUGAGUCGGAAGAAAAAGAAGGCUAAGAUUCUGGACGACAGUGACAUAAAUGAAAUGGACAAUGUGUCUAUCAAGGGAUGGCAUCUCCGCACACUAGUCUUGUCAUCCUUACACAAGUGUUUCCUCUAUGAUACUGGGAACUUGAAGUUUCUUGACUCCUCGAAUUUUCAGAUUUUGUUGAAACCUAUUGUUGCACAACUUUUCAUGGAUCCGCCAGCUUCGCUAGAUGAGAGCAUGAAUAUACCGAGCGUGAAGGAAGUUGAUGACCUACUUGUUGUGUGUAUUGGUCAAAUGGCAGUGACUGCUGGAUCUGACCUUUUGUGGAAACCUUUGAACCAUGAGGUGUUGAUGCAGACACGAAGUGAAAAGUUGCGAGCGAGAAUAUUGGGCUUGAGAAUAGUUAAAUAUCUUGUAGAUAACUUGAAAGAAGAAUAUCUAGUAUUCCUGGCUGAAACAAUCCCGUUCCUCGGUGAACUGCUUGAGGAUGUGGAGCUUUCAGUUAAAUCUCUUGCUCAGGAAAUUCUGCAGGAAAUGGAGUCUAUGAGUGGUGAGAGCCUGAGGCAAUACCUAUGAUGUUAGACUAGGAGGGUGACAUUCAUGGUAUGGUGAUAUGGACAUGAGCUAGAAAUGUAUACUAAAAUUUAAGGAAUAUGGUUUAUAGGCCAUUGUACAUUACGUUAUUUUAUAGAGUUAAAAAUGAAAGUUGAAUUAUAUUCUA